AUGGCCGAUGUGGGCGGCGGCGACGACGACCGCCGCAGCAGCAGCAGCCGUGGUAGCGGCGGCAGCGGCAGCGACGGCGGUAGCAACAGCGGCAACAACAGCGGCAGCGGCAGCGACAGCAACAGCGACAGCGACAGCAACAGCGAGACGGAUCUCCCGGCGCUCUGUGGGCCAGAGGCCCGGCGGCUCGCCCGCUUCGACACGCCGGCGGAACUCACCAGCCGCCGCACCAGGGAGAACCCUCGCCGAAAUCCGAGCAACACGGAGGAGUUCACCAGCUGGAUGCUCUCGGCGGUAAUUCACGUGGCGGAAAGGCUAGAGGCGAGGGCGGUGCGAGAGUUGCUGUUNGAAGCCCUGCUCGCCUCGGUGGCGAGCCUGCCCGACAGCAGCACGGAGGAGUUCACCCGCUGGAUGCUCUCGGCAGUACUUCACGUGGCGGAGGGGCUAGAGGCGAGGGUGGUGCGAGAGUUGCUGUCCGAGCGCGCGCAGGAGGCCCACGCUGCGCGCCAAGAGGCGGAGGAUUUCCUGCUGGGUACGGUGGACCUCAUGCUCAACUCGCCAGACGCCUUCGAGACGGCUCUGGCGUCCCACGAUCUAAGUGAAUCCCCCAUUGGCAAGCGUCCGAGUCAUGUAGAACCCCCCCUCAUGACCGUAGCCGGCGUUGCCAAGUUCAAAGGGAUUCUGGUUGCAAGGAGUGUUUCGCGAAUCCCGAACGUCGAUUAUUUCCUUUCGUCUUCCCCUUGCCCAUCAUCCGCAUCCAUUAAGCUGAUGCUUGCGGUAGCGAACGAGAAGGGCAUGAACCUCAAUCACUGGGAUGUGAAGCAGGCGUACACACACGCCACGCUAGACGAGGAGGUUUUUCUGAGGCUCCCAGCUGGGUGCGGGGACAAAUCGCAUAAGACUGUUAAGGCUGAGCGUGCGAUUUACGGUCUGAAGCAGAGCGGUAGGCAGUGGGGGUACCACGCUGCUGGUACGCUUGUCGAGAACGGGUUCGAGCAGUGCACGGCAGAACCGUGUGUUUUCCGCAAGAUGGUGGACGAAGUCGUGGAUUGCGAGGAGUUGCUUGCUUCUCUCAACAAGAAAUUCCCCACCAAAAAUAUUGGAGAAUGCGAAUGGUUUGACGGGCGCGCCAUUGAGAGAGAUGUAGAGGCUGGGACUCUUAGAAUCUCCCAAACCGCGUACCUUGAUGGCAUGGUGAAACGCUUUGAUGUACAAUCGACCUCCCGCAUCCCUGUUUCCCCUGGUGUCGACCUAGGACCGAAGCGAGAUGACGAGAAGGGAGGGGAGUGGCCGGUGAGGGAGGCCAUCGGCAGCAUGAUGUGGGUGUCGAGGUUCUCGCGUCGCGACGUCUCGUUCGCCGUGCGCACGGUAGCGCGCCACGCCCACGCCCCGGCGAAGAGGCACUGGGAUGCCAUCCAGAAGAUCCUCGGCUACUUGAAGGAAACGAGGGACCUCGGCAUCACCUACAAACGGGGAUCGGGGUUAGGGCUGGCCAUGUACGUAGACGCUAGCUACGCUGACACGGAGGAUAGGCGUUCGGUGCCAGGGUUGGCGACGACGGUUGGAGGGCUGGCCAUGUACGUAGACGCUAGCUACGCUGACACGGAGGAUAGGCGUUCGGUGCCAGGGUUGGCGACGACGGUUGGAGGUACCGUAGUCAGCCAUGGUAGAAUGACACAGAGCAUCGUGUCUUUGUCUUCGACGGAAGCCGAAUACAUAGCUGCCGAGGAGGGCGUCAAGGAGGCGUUGUUUGUGCGUGCUGUGCUUUCGUUUGUUGCCCCAGAGAUCAGUGGCAGCAUCCAGGUCAUUGAGGACAACCAGGGGGCCAUAGCGUUGGUGCAGCACCCCCUCAGCUCAGGUCGCACGAAACACAUCGACGUGAGAUUUCAUUUCAUCCGAGGAUUGUCUAGGUCGGAGGAUAUUUCGGUCAAGUUCGUUCCGACAACGGAGCAACACGCGGACCUCCUAACCAAGGCCCUUAGCAGGGCUAGUCUGCAACUGGGGUCCCCGCGGAUUGUACGGGGAUCUAAACCACCGGGGCAUAUCCCGACCGGGGCCGAAAUCGACCUAGUGAGUCCCUCGCGGGCGAACCAGGCCACAACAGAUACAAUUGUAGUAAGCGGGUGGUGUCCCAAGGUGCAACUCACCGCCCCGCUGACUGAGCGUGGCGGUGAGGAUGCACAGACGGUGGUAGUGGCGACAGCGGCCGUCAAGGCGGCUGCGAAGAAGGAGGCACGAGAGGGCGACCUAUCGUUCGGCACGUUCAACGUACGCACGCUCGCCUACAGCGGUAGGAACCCCAUCGGUCACAACGUGAUGACGGUCAUGCAGAUUUGUUCCGCGACCGGCUGUGAUGUGAUAGGACUUCAGGAGACCCGACGAGAGGGGCAAGGUUCAAUUGCACACGACGGCCCGAGGCUGAUGAAGGUGCGUCUACAAAUUGGCCGCACCUGCGGAGUGGCUUUCGUGGUUGGGUACGCCCCCACGGAAACUGUCCGCACCACCGCGGGCGGUGAUGUUAACGCCAAGGACUCCUUCUGGACUGCUCUCGACGCAGCGAUCCGGGAGGUUCACAGCCGUGACCAUCUCGUGGUGCUAAUGGACGCCAACCCACGCACUGCACACAUUCCAGAGCUCCAACAAGACAAGGGGAAGGAGAAGUACCGCCUCGACUUCAUCUUCAUGCGUCAGACGAACCGGCGUUUCGUGCAGAAUGUCUCCCUCAAACAUGUCGACUUCAAGGACUCGGACCAAAACCUCGUGCUUACGACUGUCCGCCUACGAGUGCGGGGGAACAGCGGAAGCAGCCGGAUCCGUAUCAACCUCGAGCGGUUAACGAAGGACAAACACCUGCGGGCCGCCUUCCAAAACAGGGCCUCCAGCCGCCCUCCGCCCACGGCUCUCAGGCGGCCAACGGGAGAGAUCACCGCCGAGCUGACGGCUACGGUGAUGUCGGCCGCUGCUGAGACCGCGCCGCUGGCGAGGUGCGCACGAGGGCAGAGAGGCUGGUACACGACCGAAGCGCAGGACGAGAUCUCCGAAGCGUCUAAAGAGAUAAAGGCGGCCCAGCAGCAACUGCGUGGGGCCUCAAAAUACAGCGCCUUCGAGGCGACCCUGAAGGCGAUGCUCAAGGCGGCGCGGAAGAAGCGCAGCAUCGCGAAGUGGAGAGCACUGGAAACGUUCUUCGAGAGCUAUGUACGUCAGCUCGAAAAGAAGAGCCGCGAGGGGGAUCAGGCGGGUUUCUACAGGCACCUGAAGAUGAUCGACGUCGAAGGGCGUCCGAGGCAGCACUUGUGGCGAACUAUGUACCCGGCUGAUGUUGUUGUGCCCUGUUUCCCUCCCUGCUGUAUGCUAUACUCCUUCGUGUAUGUCCGNAUGGCCAACAGAAAGGCCGUCGGGCCGGACGACCUACCGGCUGAGCUGAUCAAUCUUUUCCUGGACGGAGAUCAAAGUCUCCUCCGCGAGUUUCACGCCAANGCGACCGGGCACUGCUGUAGAAGCGAGUAGGGCGGCCGAGGCAACACUUAUGGCGAACUAUGUACCCGGCUGAUGUUGUUGUGCCCUGUUUCCCUCCCUGCUGUAUGCUAUACUCCUUCGUGUAUGUCCGUUGUAUUGCCUUCGGCCUCUGUGCUGUGUUUCUUUUUUUUCAUGUCCUCCUGCCUACUCUGCUGUGUUGGGUACCUUGAUCUCGAUUUUGCUGUUGCUUUUGUUUUUUGUACAUCUGGAUGUCUGCCCGUCUGCCGCCUCUUUGUCCUGUUUGAUCCGUUACUCCCAUGCCCUGGUGCGUAGUGCCUGGUGCUGGUACGUUACUCUUUGAUUUUUUCUGAAGGCGGGUGUGGGAAGCGUACGCCUUUAUUUUUGUUUUUGUUUUAUUUUGAUCGGUUUCCGAGGGCUUCUUUUCUCGAACGGUCGGUGCGGUACCUG